AUUGAAAUAUUUUUACAAGCCAUGUGCCGUGUUCUCAUGCUGGAAAUAAUUUCCUGUGGGAUAUUUUGAGCCUCGGAUGUGUUUACACAAGUGUAGAAAACGUGAGAAAGUGAAGUUGAUUUGCAGGUGCAUGUUAUGCUUAUUGAAUAUUAACUCCUGUGGCAUUGAGGAUUUCAUUAUAAAUAAAAUCCGGCUGAAUCCUCGUCUGUCUCUGAACUCCCUCAGCCUGAGGAGUAAAGAUGAAGCUUCUUAUUUUGGCAGCGCUUUUUGGUCUGAGUCUUUCCCAAUUCGACCCACACACCAAAUACGGCCGCACCUCCAUCGUUCACCUGUUCGAAUGGCGCUGGGAGGACAUCGCCAAGGAGUGUGAGAGGUAUCUCGCUCCCAACGGCUAUGGAGGAGUUCAGAUUUCCCCUCCGAGUGAGAGCAUCGUCGUCACCAAUCCUUGGCAUCCUUGGUGGCAAAGAUAUCAGCCAAUCAGCUACAACCUCUGCUCCAGAUCAGGAACUGAGGCUCAGCUCAAGGACAUGAUCACUAGAUGCAACAAUGUCGGGGUGAAUAUCUAUGUGGAUGUGGUGAUUAAUCACAUGUGUGGAGCCGGAGGUGGAGAAGGAAAACACUCGAGCUGCGGUACAUAUUUCAACGCCAACACAAGGAGUUUCCCUUCAGUUGCUUACUCUGCUUCGGACUUUAACGACGGAAAAUGCCGCACCGGCAGUGGCAACAUCGAGAACUAUAACGAUAUUUAUCAGGUGAGAGAUUGUCGUCUGGUCAGUCUGCUGGACCUGGCACUGGAGAAGGAUUAUGUCCGUGGUAAAGUGGUCGACUACAUGAACAAGCUGAUUGAUCUGGGCGUGGCCGGGUUCCGAGUGGACGCCUGUAAACACAUGUGGCCUGGAGAUUUAAAAGUUGUUUACGGUCGACUCAAAAACCUCAACACCAAUUGGUUCCCCUCUGGAGCCAGACCAUUCAUCUACCAAGAGGUUAUUGAUCUCGGUGGAGAGCCGAUCAAAUCUUCGGAGUAUUAUGGGCUGGGCAGAGUGACUGAAUUUAAAUACGGCGCUAAACUGGGAACCGUUAUACGCAAAUGGAACAAUGAGAAACUGCGCUAUCUGGUUAACUGGGGUGAAGGUUGGGGUUUUAUGCCAUCUGGUAAAUCUGUGGUGUUUGUUGAUAAUCACGAUAAUCAGAGAGGCCACGGAGCCGGAGGAUCUGCCAUCCUCACCUUCUGGGAUGCCAGGUUGUACAAGAUGGCUGUUGGUCUGAUGUUGGCGCAUCCGUACGGCGUGACCCGAGUGAUGUCCAGCUUCCGCUGGGAUCGCAAAAUCGUUAAUGGACAGGAUCAGAACGACUGGAUCGGACCGCCGAGUUACAGCGAUGGAAAAACGAAGCCGGUUCCCAUCAACGCGGACUCGACGUGUGGAGACGGCUGGGUGUGUGAGCACAGGUGGAGGCAGAUCAGGAACAUGGUGAUUUUCCGGAACGUGGUUAACGGACAGGCGCUGGUGAACUGGUGGGACAACGGAAGCAACCAGAUCGCGUUCGGUCGCGGGAAUCGCGGCUUCAUCGCCAUCAACAACGACGGCUGGGCUCUGGACGCCACGCUGAACACCGGUUUGCCCAGCGGCACUUACUGUGAUGUCAUUUCCGGCCAAAAGGAAGGAAGCACUUGUACAGGAAAACGAGUGCAAGUGGGCUCAGACGGACGCGCUUACUUUAAAAUCAACAACACAGACGAGGAUCCUUUCGUUGCCAUCCAUGUGAAUGCUAAACUGUGAAAUAAUACAUAAUAAAAAAACGAGUGAGCAUGCA